ACAUCGUUCACUGACAUGACCUGGUGAGUCGUAAAGGCAAGUCGCGUGCUCUAUGCAAUAUUGAGUCGAUAGUUUGAUCACAAUGGGCUUGCCUAUAGAACUGUGAACAAUUACUGGGAAAUUCACCAUGGAAAAUCAACCAACUUUGGCUGCAUGGGACUAUGUCCCUAUCGCACUGUAUUUCAUUUUGGUACUCGCCGUUGGACUUCUGUCCUUAUGUCGCUCCAACCGUGGCACUGUCAGUGGCUACUUUCUGGCUGGACGCUAUAUGACUUGGCUGCCGGUGGGUGCGUCCCUGUUUGCUAGUAACAUUGGCAGCGAGCACUUUAUUGGCUUAGCGGGAUCGGGAGCCUCGUCUGGUAUCGGACCCGGUGCCUAUAAUAUCAACUCAUGUCUUCUAAUCCAACUGAUGGCAUGGGUGUUUCUACCAGUCUACAUUGCAAGCGGGGUAUACACCCUCCCCGAGUACAUGAGGAAGCGCUUUGGGGGACAGAGGAUCCGUCUAUUCCUCGCCACGUUGUCGCUCAUCCUUUACAUCUUCACAAAGAUCUCAGUCAACCUGUACGCCGGUGCUCUGUUUCUCAAACAAGCUCUCAACUGGGACCUUUACGUUUCGGUGAUACUUCUGCUAGCCGUGACCGGUGUGUGUAUGAUUACAGGCGGCCUGGCUGCCGUCAUUUACACCGAUACGCUUCAGUUCUUCAUCAUGAUGAUCGGUUCCACCAUAUUGACCGUCAUAAGCCUGGUCAAAGUAGGCGGGUAUGAAGGCCUGAAGGAGAAGUACAUGGAAGCUAUUCCAGAGGAGACUCUGUAUUCCAACUCGACCUGUGGGAUUCCCCGCAGCGAUUCCUGGCAGAUGCUUCGAGAUCCUGUCAACUCGGACAUUCCCUGGGCUGGGUUCAUCUUCGGACAGACCUGGUCUACCCUUUGGUAUUGGUGUGCCGACCAGAUGAUCGUCCAACGGACGUUGUCGGCCAAGAGUCUGUCCCACGCGCAGGGAGGCUGUCUCUUCGCGGGCUACGCCAAGUUUCUGCCAGUGUUCUUGAUGGUUCUGCCUGGGAUGGUCAGCCGUGUGCUGUAUCCAAAUGAAGUUGCGUGUGCUUCGGCAGAGACUUGUAUGGCAGCGUGCGGUAACCCGUCCGGCUGCUCCAACAUCGCCUACCCACGGCUCGUCAUGGGAAUCAUGCCAGUGGGCCUCCGUGGUCUGAUGAUGGCGGCCAUGGUUGCUGCCCUAAUGAGUGACCUGACCUCUAUAUUCAACAGUGUCAGCACACUGUUUACCAUGGACAUCUGGAAGUUCAUGCGGGUCAAGUUCAGCUCGAAGAACCCCAGUGUCCGUGAGCUCAUGAUUGUUGGAAGACUAGUGGUGGUGGUUAUGAUUGGUGUCAGCAUUCUGUGGAUUCCUAUCGUGGAGCAGAUGCAAGGCGGUCAGCUGCUAAUCUACAAGGUGGCUUUCGAGGCGGCGCUCGCCCCACCUGUAGCCGCCGUGUACCUGGUGGCAAUCCUUUGGCCAAGGAGCAAUGAGAAGGGUUGCUUCUUCGGCAUGAUGGCGGGUUUCAUGGUGGGCGUCGUCCGGAUGAUCCUGAACCUGAUCUACCAGGCACCGCCCUGCUGGGAGGAGGACACCCGGCCAGCAUUCAUCGGCAAGCUGCACUUCACCUACUUCGCCUUGAUCUUGUUCGUUUUGACGGUGAUCGUGGAUGUGGUGGUUAGUCUCUUGACUCAGCCGCCCCAGCCUUAUCAGUUGAUCCGUACCACGUGGUGGAGCAGGUACAACCGCGACCCUCGCGAAGAUGACUUUGAAGACGACAAAGAGGAGAUCGAACUGCAAGAAGUCGGGGAGGUCGUGGCUGAAGAAGAGGCACCCCGUGAGUGGAAGUCCCUAGCGCGCCGCGGUUACGACUGGUUCUGCGGGUACGACGACUCGUCCUUGGGCCAGGCUAAGGCUCGUGAGCACCGGGUCCAUCUCCGUGAGGUCACCGCCCUCAAGCAGGAUCCUCGCGCCAAGAUCUUCCUCAACACCAACCUGGUUAUCAUCCUUCUGAUCACACCCACAUUCCUCGUCAUCUUCUCCAUCCCUGGUUUAAUCUAGCCAGUCCACUGGGCCCAAUGGCAUGGUUCGGCUGACCACAGAAUUCCCCGCUUAUGCAAACCGAUACCGUUACUCAAAUCAUUUCUGAUAUAAAACUUAAAAAGAAAGGGUGUUAUGCAACAUGCUCAUUAAAGGCAUAUUGGGCCAAUUCCAAUUAUCUUAAAACUAAUCUUCCGAAUGACUAACUUGGAUUAAAGAUCGUAUUGGUAUU